GUCAACAUCAGGGAGAAAAAGAUGAUGGCGGAGGAUGGAAGGGAAGAGUCUGUGGCGACUGACGAUGAUUCAGACCAAACGGCAGCGGACGGAAGUUUAAACAGCACUAUGGUGGAGGAAGGCUCGACCCUGCUGCGCCGGAUGGAGAUCUGUGUAGCUGAGGCUGAGAAAAGGAGCGGCAAAAAUGCAAUGAGCAUGCAGGAGACAUUCACAGUGUACCUGAUUGAAACAAGGCCAAUGGAUGCAGUUGCUGAAGGCCAUAACCCAGCCCCUGACUGUCUGUGGAGGCGGUACAGUGAAUUUGAACUGCUGCGGAACUACCUGAUAGUUACCUAUCCAUACAUCGUGGUGCCCCCUCUGCCUGAGAAGAGGGCAGAGUUUGUGUGGCAUAAGCUGUCUGCAGACAACAUGGACCCUGACUUUGUGGAGCGCCGCAGGGUCGGGCUCGAGAACUUCCUGCUUCGUGUGGCUUCUCAUCCAGUCCUCUCCAAUGACAAGAUCCUUUACCACUUCCUCACUGAGGAGCAUGGCUGGAAAGAAGUGGUGUAUGAGACGGGAUUUCAGGCAAAGGCUGAUUCCAGGCUUAGGGCUCUCAGUGCCACCUUUAGGGUGAGAAAUCCUGACAAACGCUUCAUGGAGAUGAAACAUUACAGUGAUGAGCUGCAGUCUCACACAUCUCAGCUGCUCCGAGCACGAGCAAGGGUUGCUGAUCGACUAUACGGUGUUUACAAAGUUCAUGGGAACUAUGGAAGAGUCUUCAGUGAGUGGAGCGCCAUAGAGAGAGAGAUGGGAGAUGGACUGCAAAGCGCCGGUCAUCAUAUGGAUGCAUAUGCUGCCUCAAUAGAUGAUAUCUUAGAAGAGGAGGAACACUAUGCAGACCAGCUGAAAGAAUAUCUUUCCUAUGCUGAAGCUUUGAGGGCAGUGUGCAGGAAACAUGAACUGACCCAGUUUGAGCUGGAGAUGGCCUCGCAGGAUCUCAUCUCUAAGAAACAGCAACGUGAAGAGCUGUCUACAGGGAUAGUGCGGACAUUCUCCUUCAAAGGCAUGACCAACAAGCUUUUUGGACAAGAAGCACCUGAGCAGAGGGAGGCCAGGCUGAAACUGCUGGAGGAUCUGAUAGCAGAGGGUGAAGAGACUGUUAAGGAGAAAACGGUUGAGCGCGAAGAGCAUAUUGAAAGGGCCUGGGUGGACAUUCAGCGCUUCAAAGAGCAGAAAGACAAAGACCUACGGGAAGCUCUCAUCAGCUAUGCUGUCAUGCAGAUCAGCAUGUGCAAAAAGGGAAUACAAGUUUGGAGCAAUGCCAAAGAAUGUUUCCUCAAGAUGUGAAGCUGAGAAAGUACUGGGAUGAUUUCCUCCUUCUGGGAUGAUUCUGGGAAAAUGAUGACAACAGUCUCGAGUUAAGGUCCGAAAACAGCAGUGUGUAUAGAAAUGUGAUGUCUGUACAAAACAAAGUUUAACAUGUAAUUUGCAUUAGUGAUUUAAAUGCACUUUUGUGGUGGAAACAGGCUUAGGAGGGUGGUGAAUCACUCAAAGCACAUGACCUGAGUGCUGGAGCGCAGCAUUCCCAGGCUUAGCUGAGACAUGUUUUUCUAACUUUAAACAGGUGCUUUAAGUUUUUAAGGUCAGGUAACUGUUAAUAGGAUAACGAAAUGCAUUUUGACAACAUGGUUGUGGGUGUGGAGUUUCUGACAGAUUAAAGAAAUAUAAUAUAAAAUUGUAUUGGGAGAAGGAUGUAGGGUUUUGAUCCACACAAGAGCCUUUAAGUCUGAUCUCAGACACUUUUGCAUCAUUCUCUUAUUUUUUUUUUAAUCUGUGUCCACUAGGGCUGCAACGAUUCCUCAAGUAAUUUUAAUAAUUCAUUUAUAAAAAAAAUACUCGCCACAAAUUUGUUGCCUCAAUGCUUCGUUUAAACUCUGCAGCGCUCAGGUACCUCCAUGUAAGUGAAGUGUUUUACCCACAUUAGCAGCAUUAAAGUUCUCUGUCGCUGCAACGGAUUGUGACGUCAUUUGGAAAAAAAAGACACUUUUAACACAGAGCAGAUCAUCGCUGACACGUUUUUCCACACCUCCACUGCUCUCUACACCUGUGUGUGUGUGUGUGUGUGUGUGUGUGUGUGUGUGUGUGUGUGUAUGUGUGUGUGUGUGUGUGUGUGUGUGUGUGUGCUCACUGUGCUGAGAAUUUCAGCUGUUAGCUACCGGGACGGAUCGCCGCGUCCACAGUUUGCUAGCGGGCACCGCUAUUAGCACUAGCGAUCGUUCAGUAACGACAGGACACCCCACCCCAGCACCACCCGUUCAGUACAGAGGGGCUCUAUCAAACUAUUUCCUAUGUUUUAAUCCCUGAAUAGUGACUAAAAAUAGACCUGCAGUAGAAACGUGUGAAUACAAAGCAUUACAACAUUAAGCUCAUGCAGCGCCCAGUUUUUCAACAAAAACACUGAUAACACAACGGCAGCAGUUGUUUUAUGUGCAGUUUGUCUGCACACGCCCAGCAAGUGCAAAGGCGGAUUUGGAUCCCAGCACUUUUUCCUGUAACCACCAAUAAAACCUUUACUGGGAACCAGCUGGAGGUCCUUUAUCAACCACCUGAUCAAGAAGCGCCAACGUGAAGAAAAGAGAACUUUGUAGCUGCUCCAUCUAUUGCUCUUUGUUUCACAGCACAAAAUCUGCAGUAAAUCUAGUUAAAAUAGUUAAAAUAUGCAGAUGAACUGUUUAGACAAAAGUAUUUCUUAUCCGAUUACUUGAUUAAUUGAUACAAUACUCGAUUACUAAAACAAUCAGUGGUUGCAGCCCUAGUAUCCACUUAAUUUCCAGGUUUUAUGCAUGCACAAACCUACUCUGGACUGUACUGUCCCUUAGGUUUCAUUUAUUAUGAAACCCGUCAACUGAACCCAAGUGCAGUUUGUUCAUGUGUGUGAAAGUAAAGUAGGCAAUAGUUAUGUUGAGUCACCAAAUAAAUUCACCUCCUGACCAUCAACAAUAAAGGAACUUCACCUCUGCUAAUUGAAGUUUAUGAAUUGGACCUUUCAGUGUUUUUUUUUUUGCAGUGUUGGUGCAUUUUGGAGCAUUUAAUGUCAGAUAAAUAAUAUAAUCUGCUGUGUGACAUAAACCAAGAUGUUUUUGCCUCAGUUUUGGGGAGUGAAAUUCUAGCACAUUAUUAAUCCAUUUCUAUCACUAAUGAGCAGGUGUCUGUGUCAGUGCGUAGCGCUCAUACUGUGUAUGAAUGCAACUUGCUAACCAAGCUUGCUAGCAUUAGCGGGUUAUCUAGCACUUCAUCCUCGUGGCAGCAGCAAAAUGCCCAAAUCAGUAGAUAAUUUCACAGUAGCUUUACCCAGAGUAUGUACAGCUAUAGCAUAUAUCAAACUAAUAGUUUGAUGUAUGCUGUAUACAAAGCAUUACUUAAUGGGUCACAUGUAAAUAUAGCCAUUGCCAUGUGAAAUAAUAAAACUAGCAGUCCAAAGGGUCCUACAACUCCCAAUGGAAAAGUUGGAGCUCCAUCUUUGAGAGCCGUACCAUCAUGUGGUAAACUGUUUGUGAUACCACUUUCCAACAAGGGGAGCUGAUUGGUCAGAUCAGUAAAGUUAUGUAAAGUAAAAUUAUUGGAGCUAAGAAGCCAGAGUCCAUAUCUUACUAAACAAAUACAAUUUUUAUUUUAGAACAGCCAAUGUAGUAGUAGUAGUAAGAGUAGUAGUGACAACUCAUACUUCAAUAAGGAGAGAUCAUUGGGAGAAAUUGAACAAGAUUUAUUGAUAAUACAAAUAGUUGUCUCGAGGAAGGCGGGCAGAAAGAUGAUUGGACUAGAAGAGAUGAGGUCAGCAUUGAGUUUGACAGCGUGGAAAAGUGGAGGCGAUGACUGAGAAAUGACCAAACACCUGGGAAAGAAAGAGGAUAAGUGAUUUCAGAUCUUCCUUAUUGAACUUAAGCCUAAGCUUCAUAACUCAGUACUUAACAAAUUUAUUAGCCCACCACCCAGUGUAAGUUAUAUGCCACAGCUGCCCUAAACUGUAUUGCUAAUUACCAAAAUAAUUUUUUAUGUUUUUGUAGUGGUUAAUCCACAAGUAUGCACAACCUCUUUAAAUCAAAAUUCAGUUUUUAAUGCUAAAAUACAAUUAUUGUUGUUACCCAUGAAUUCUUAAAUUUAAGUAGAUUAUUCCUUUUGAUUAAGAUGCUAAAUUACUGUUAUUUGCAUUCCUGAACAGAAAAAUGAUUUUUAGUGGUUGAAUGUUAUGCUUGAUUAAUUUUUAAGUUCAGUGCUGGCACAGUGAAUUCAGUUCACUGAAUUUAGGAAUUUUCAGAUUUAAACACAUUUUUUGACAGAUUCCUAAAAUAUUUUUUUCUUGUUUUUAUGACAGGUGGCCUAAAAAUUUGUUAAGCACUGUGUGAUAAGCCACACUAAACAUCUGAGAUUCGUUUCAUUUAUUGACUAAGACUUUUUGAACAUUAGUUCUUAAAUGUUCUUUAAAUAACUUUUGAUUUGUUCUAAACACUUGCCGGCAAUAAAAGCUUUGUGAGUGUUAUGUUUCCUUUUAAGUCUGUGUUUGGAUGUGGCUCCUUUUUGGUCUAUUUGAAUAAA